AUGAGUGCCGACCUGAAGGCCUUAUUAGAGGCCCAGAACGACAUCCACGGACGAAUGUCUCGCUCCGUGGAUAACCUCCGGAAGAUGGGCGUCACCAACAUCACCGCCGGUGCCGUCCACGCUCGUCUCACCAUCCUCGACAACCUCUGGGCAAAAUUCGAGGCUCAACACGAGCUCAUACGAGCGGCGCUGAAAGACAGAUACAUGGAGAGUGAGUACGCCAAAAGUGACUUCAUAGAUACCGCGGAAUGUACGUACGUUUCACAGCGGAGCACGUUGAGCGACUACGCUGACAGGUUACGGGCCGAGUCAGCUGUCGCACCAAGGAUGGAAUCGAAGUCGGACUCUUCUCCUAAAACCGCGUUGCCGCGCAUAAAAUUGCCGCCGUUCUCAGGCGCCUAUGAAGACUGGCCUUCCUUCCGGGACCUCUUUUUAUCCCUCGUGGGAGAAAAUCCAUCGGUCUCGAACAUUGAGCGGUUCCAUUACCUUCGUUCCUGCGUGAAGGGAUCUGCGGAGAAAUUAAUUCGGUCACUAACGGUCACAAGCGAGAAUUACGACCGCGCGUGGGCGAUCUUGGCGAAACAUUUCGAGAAUAAAAAGGAACUCAUGCGCUCAAAUUUCGCUACCUUUACCGCCGUCGGGAAAAUGAAAUCCGAGUCCGCCGAAGAGCUAAGCCGGGUCCAUCACGCCGUCACGGCCACCGUCAACGCGCAGGAGAGCAUCGGUAGACCCAUCAACUCCCAUGGAAUGGAUCUCCUCAAUCACUUGGUAAUCGAACUGUUCGAUUCGCGAACGCGCCUCGAGUGGGAGUCCUCCACCAGCGAUUCUCCCGACCCACCGAGUCACGAGGCACUCACUGACUUCAUAAGUAAAAGAAUUCUUACCUUGAACGCCGCCAAGCCCAAGAUCGCCGUGAAGAGUGCCGGGGAAGCCUCUCGGACCGCGAAGACUCACUUCGCGAAAAACGUGCCCGACGCGUCCAAAUGCGCCGCCUGCAAGGGCAAGCACACGCUCAUGCAAUGCCCCGAGUUCAAAUCCAAGUCCGCGAGCGAAAGAAAGUCCUUCGUUGAGGUCAGCGGACUCUGCUUCAAUUGUCUCGGGAACCACAUGAUGGCACGGUGUCAGUCAAUCAAAACGUGCUUCACGUGCAAGUUGCGGCACCACACGCUGUUGCACGACGCGUACGCCGCACCAACACCACAAGAAGCGAGCACUUUCUCCACGACACGCACUUCACUCGACAAACGAGCGACUCUUCUCGCCACAGCGCGCGUCACUCUGACCGACCGUCUGGGACGACCUCAGGAUGUGCGAGCCCUGCUCGACCAGGGGUCCGAAGUGUCCCUCGUCUCAGAGGACUUGGCGCAGCGCCUCCGUCUGACGCGCACCCGCUCCUCGAUCUCCAUAGUUGGAAUCGGAGGAGCAUGUUCAGGAUCCACACGAGGAAGGGUGACGCUCGCUCUCAAGUCAAGAGUGACCGGAGCCCCUCUCACCGUAGCGGCCUACGUCCUCCCACGGCUGUCGUCCUACCAGGGGCCAGCAAUCAAGGGCUCCACCACGUGGCCGCACAUCCACGGCCUCACUUUGACGGAUCCUCAUUAUCUCCAGCGAGAUCCCAUCCACCUUCUCCUCGGCGCUGAUGCCUUCUCCGGGAUCCUCCUCGGAGGUCUCCGAAAGGGUCGCAAGGACCAACCCAUCGCGCAGAGGACUACGUUCGGGUGGAUCUUAUCGGGAGGCUGCGGAGUCGUGACGGCCAACGGCUCCCUCAGCUCUCUCCAGUGCACCGUAGACCACGACUUGAACGCCCUAGUGCAGAGGUUCUGGGAGCAGGAACAGGAGCAGCCUGCCUCCGUCGUGCUCACGCCAGAGGAAGAGCAAUGCGAAGAGAUCUUCGCCCGCACGCAUGAGCGCCUCGCCGACGGAAGGUACUUGGUCCGUCUUCCGCUGGCUGGCCCUCUUCCACCUCUCGAACACACGCGGAAGUCCGCCGAGCGACUUCUCGCGGCAAUGGAGCGACGCCGCUCCAGAGACGCCGGCUUCAACAAGCUCUAUGGCAGCUUCAUGGAGGAGUACUCGGACCUGCAACAUAUGACCCUGGUCAGAACACCGCUCAUCAAGAAAUCCGCGUGUUACUUACCACACCACGGAGUGCUCCGGACUUCCAGCACGACCACCAAGUUGAGAGUGGUCUUCAACGGAUCUCAGUGUACGCCUGCCGGAGACUCACUCAACAACGCAUUGCUGGUCGGAGCCAAUCUUCUGCCAACUCUCGCCGACGUCCUCCUGCGUUGGCGCUGGCACCGCUUCGCCUUCAUCGCCGACAUCGAGAAGAUGUACCGGCAGAUUCUGGUGCAUCCCGACGAUCGAGACCUGCAGCGGAUCCUUUGGAGGCAAAACCGCACCGACGACGUCCAGGAAUAUCGCCUCAACACGGUGAUGUACGGACUGGCCUGUGCACCGUUCCUGGCGAUCAGGACUCUCCGCCAAUUAGCCGACGAUGAGGAGCCGGCAAAUCCAGCGGGAGCAGUUGCGUUGAGGCGCGACUGCUAUGUCGACGACAUCGUCACAGGCGCCAGCACCCUGUCCGAGGCGGUCGAGAAGCAAAGGCAGUUGCGCCGACUCUGCACGGCGGGCGCGUUUCCCUUGAGGAAGUGGGCCUCAAACCACCAGAGGAUCCUCGAGGAGAUACCACGGGAGCAUCAGCUCCAGCAGCCACACCACGACUGGGAGGACGAAGCGCACCCGACGCUUGGGUUACGGUGGCACCUCCGCAGCGACUCCUUCACAUUCCGCCUCCAGCCUCGCACGACCGCCCCGCUGACUAAGAGACAGGCGUUGUCGGAGACGGCUCGGAUAUUCGAUCCGUUGGGCUGGUUAGCUCUAGUCACCGCUCGGGCCAAAAUCCUCAUCCAGUCAGCCUGGAUGAAACAGCUGGACUGGGAUGCCCCACUGCCUCAAUCAGACGAGACGUUGUGGAGACGUCUGCUUGAGGAUCUUCCGCUGCUGGAACAGCUCCGGUUGCACCGAUGGCUGAGGGCCGAUGACCAACCUAAACGCGUUGAGCUCCACGGGUUCGCUGAUGCGUCGGAACGAGGUUACGCCGCCGUUGUAUACCUCCGCGUGGUGAGCUCCCCCUCGACCACGAUCAAGCUGCUCGCUGCAAAAAGCAAAGUCGCACCAAUUAAGCCUGUGUCUCUGCCGCGCUUGGAACUGUGCGCUGCAGUCUUAGUCACUAACCUGACAUUUCAUCUUCGCGAAGCCUUAGACUUGCUUUCAGCUCCAGUCACUCUAUGGUCGGACUCCCGGGUCACUCUUCAGUGGAUACAAGGACACGCCUCGAGGUGGAAGACCUUCGUAGCCAACCGGGUGUCCCACAUCCAAACGAAACUUCCGGAGGCACGAUGGCGACACAUCCCAGGGCGAGACAAUCCCGCCGACUGCGCCUCUCGGGGGAUUGAGCCCCGGGACCUGCUCAACCACUCCCUCUGA